GCCUCCUAAAUUUUUUCAAAGAAUACAAGAAGUCCAAGUUAGGAUAGAAUCCGAUAAGAUAAAUGGCCGCAUGAACACUUUUCCUAGAUUAGAUGCAAAGAGAUGAACGAACGGUGGACAGACCGGGAAUCGGAGAAUAGAGUUAAUCGACUCGAGUUUGGUCCCUCAGCAAAGAAGACGUUUUCCAGAUCAGGCAACUUCUGCCCUGUAAGGAAACAUCUGAGCAAUAGCUGGCGCAUAUUAAUUAGCAUAGUUAUCUAGUCCACCCCAUAACAACCAAGGCUCACAGGCCGUUAAUGCAGCAUCAAAUGACUCUGCCGCUACCGAUUCUUCCCCUGCUUUCGACUCUCCCUUUCCCUCUUACUCAUAGACAUUUAAACCCGAGAUAAUGACUAGCGUAGCUUUGUUACUCGCUCUCCUCUCGCAUGGCCAUCAUGUGAAGGAAACGAAUGAGAGACACUUAUAAAUACGUAAAGGCUCCAAAGAGGGUGGGUUCAGGCUUCCCCACUCUAGAGUCUAGCCGCCCUAUCCCUUCCUCCCUCGCACAAUCAUCGUGUGGGAGGGAGUCAACAGCCAACCAGUGUAAUAGAGAAAUCAAACGGCUCCUCGUCAGACGGGUGACAUCCUCUCUGAAUCGAUUUCGUCAAUACCGAAAAAUCUCUUCAUCUUUCGUCAAGCCAAUAUAGCAGAAAAUUUUUCGUUUCCUUCAGUGGCCAUGAAGAUGGCGUCGUCACCUCUGUCCAGAAUCUUCCAGCCAUACUGGAAGAAAAAGGCCAACCUCCUUUCCGUCGUGCUCGUCGCCGGCCUCUGCUCCCUGUUUUACCUCCUGGGCCUCUACCAGCACGGAACCGGCGGCGCCUCCAUCGUCUCCGACAUCUCCUGCACAACUCUCCCAGCAAGCUUCAACAUUUCGGGGCACCGGUCUGUGGAGCUCGACUUUGCCGCGCACCACCAACCGAACCAUUCCACUAAUCCCGAUGGCGCCGGCGAUCAACCCCAUUCCGUCCCUCCCUGCGACGCUCGCUACAGCGAAUACACCCCAUGCGAGGACCGCGAUCGCUCUCUGCGCUUCGACCGCGACCGCCUCAUCUACCGGGAGCGCCACUGCCCCGAACCGAACGAGCUCCUCAAGUGCCGGAUACCGGCGCCCUACGGGUACAGGAUGCCGUUCCGGUGGCCGGAGAGCAGGGACUGGGCCUGGUUCGCCAACGUGCCCCACCGGGAGUUGACUGUCGAGAAGGCCGUUCAGAACUGGAUACGUGUGGAGGACGAUCGGUUCCGGUUUCCUGGCGGCGGCACCAUGUUUCCCCGUGGAGCAGACGCGUACAUCGAUGACAUAGAGAGACUGAUUCCUCUCCGCGAUGGAUCGAUCAGAACCGCCAUUGACACCGGUUGUGGGGUAGCGAGUUGGGGAGCGUACCUCCUGUCCAGGGAUAUUCUGGCUAUGUCGUUUGCUCCGCGAGACACCCACGAAGCUCAGGUUCAGUUCGCACUAGAACGCGGCGUUCCGGCGAUGAUCGGAGUCAUGGCGUCCAAGAGGCUCCCUUACCCAGCUCGAGCUUUUGACAUGGCGCAUUGCUCCCGUUGCUUGAUUCCCUGGCACCAGUAUGAUGGCCAGUAUUUGAUCGAAGUGGACCGAAUUCUUCGGCCUGGUGGUUACUGGAUUCUUUCUGGCCCUCCCAUCAACUGGAAGAACCAUUGGAAAGGAUGGGAGAGGACUAAGCAGGACUUGAGUGCAGAACAGUCUGCAAUCGAAGCAGUCGCCAGGAGUCUCUGCUGGAAGAAGAUAAAGGAGAGGAACGACAUCGCGAUCUGGCAGAAACCCACCAACCACGUCCACUGCAACCUCAACAGGAAAGUCUUCAAGAGACCAGUCUUUUGUGAAGGGCAGGAUCCUGACUCUGCAUGGUACAAAAAUAUGGAGACAUGCAUAACGCCACUUCCCAACGUCAGCGGGAUACAGGAGGUUGCUGGAGGAGAGCUGAAGAAAUGGCCGGAUAGGUUAACAGCAUUGCCACCUAGGAUCAGCAGUGGCAGCGUGCAGGGGAUUACAGAGGAUGUUUACAGAGCAGAUACAGCCCUGUGGAAGAAGAGAAUUGGUCACUACAGAGCAGUGAUAAACCAGCUCGAAGAGAAGGGGAGAUACAGGAAUAUAUUGGAUAUGAAUGCUCACCUUGGUGGAUUCGCAGCUGCUCUGAUUCAAGAUCCUCUAUGGGUUAUGAAUGUUGUCCCCGUGGAGGCUAAAGUUGAUACAUUGGGAGUAAUCUACGAGAGAGGGUUGAUUGGAACUUAUAUGAGCUGGUGUGAAGCAAUGUCUACAUAUCCCAGGACGUAUGAUUUCAUACAUGCAGAUUCAGUGUUUUCUUUAUACAAAGACAGGUGCAGAAUGGAGGACAUAGUGCUGGAGAUGGAUCGGAUCCUGCGGCCGGGGGCAGUUGUGUUGAGGGACGACGUGGACGUCAUCGUAAAGGUGAAGUCGGCGGUGGACGGAAUGCAAUGGGAGAGCCAGAUCGUCGAUCACGAGGACGGACCCCUCCUCCGAGAGAAGCUCCUCAUCGCCCGAAAGACAUACUGGACCGCGCCCGCGCCCCUCUCCCAAGGAUCCUCCUUCUGAGACUUGGCCGCGCGGCCGUCGCGUCCCCCGAAACUAUAGAAACCAACACCGGAGAAAAGAAAGGAACACGAAAGAGCACGAAGAAGAAAAUACCACUGGAGCUCAAGGAACAUGCUCCCGCCGGAGCGACGCGCGCCUUUCCGCCCGGCCCAACAAAAGAAAGAGAGAGAGAGAAGCCCUCGCACUGAUUUUUUAUUGUUUGAUUUCGUUUCCCAUCCCCGCCUCAGUUUCCCGCCAAUGCCUCCUUGUUCGGUUCGUUCUGGAUGGGGUGGGCUGGGUUUCAUCCUUUUAUGUAGUGUCCUCUCCCCCUCUUUCUCUCUCAUAUUUGGAUUUUAUAAUUAAUUUUAGCAAAGUGAAAAGAAAGAAUACGUUCUUCA